AUGUCCGUCUUCGAACAGUUACAACCGUUCGUUAGCCUCUGCCAAGCUUGUGGCUUGAUUCCUUACACAAUCGAACGCAAUUCAACUACUGGCAAAUUUGAACGGUUCACGUUUUCUCUUAGAAGUGCUUUUACUUGUUGGUUUUGUCUAGUAUUUGCGUAUCAAAUUUGUGGUGUGAGUAUGGUAGGAUACUUGAGCGACGAUCUGCAAAACAUUUUAGUGGCUGAUAGAACCAUCCCAACCACUUUGAUCGUCCUAACCAUGAUAACCUCGUUCCUUUUCUUAGUGCAAUUGCUACCAUUUCGCUGGAUUACGAUGCAUUACGUUCGUUUAAGCAACGCAGUUGAAGCCGUCCGAAAUGUUGAAAGGCUUUUGGGGGAGGAAUUCAUCACCGAGCAUAGAAGUUCUAUUCCGAUUCGAUUUGUCGUUGGUUUUUUUGCUGUUUUAAUGACGUCUAUAGCUGCGAUGGUUGUGGCCAUGCCUAUGUACGCCGUACUUCUACCACCCACUUUAGGAAUUUUUCCAACUACAGCUUUGUUUGUGGCUUUAGUUUCCAUCAACAUAACGUUUAAUUGCUUCUUGCUCUUUAUUCACAUGUGUUAUUACAUCACCGCAUAUUAUAUCCAAUUGGUAUUAUUGCGUUGCAAAGAACAAGGGAACGAUGAACUUCAAGUCACUGCUCACGAAAGAACGGAUAAAAUCAAAAUGAUGAAGAGAAAUGCAUUGACAUUUGACUACGUUUGUCGGGCUUCGUCAGAACUCAAUAGCGUUUUCGCCAUUCCUGUUUUUUUCAUCUUGGCUAUCAAAUUCUUCACAAUUGUCAGCACUUCGUUUGCUUUCGCCUACAGCUUCAUUCACACAAACAUCAUUUUGGAAAACACAGCUCUAGUUCAUUCUUUCUUUAUUGUUGCGGAAUCGAUCCGCGUUUUGAUUCUUCUCACUUCCGCUGACAUGCCAGUUCGUCAGGUUCGUCUCCUUCACGAACGCGUUACAGCUAUGUCUCUCUCUGGAUUUUCUAAAACGAUAGCCGAGAAAAUGACGAUGAUGACUUUUUUGGUACAGAUUGACGAAGAUCGUGUCCAUUUGUCCGCUGCUGGACUAUUUAAGAUUGGUGUGCAUCUCAUACCGGCUUUGAGUGGUGCAAUUGUCACGUACAUGGUCAUCCUCCUCCAAAACUAA